GCCCAGGAUUGUCACAGGAUGAGCAAUACAUCUUCACCUGCCUCUGACUCACCUGGUGCCCCAGGUGAAAGGGACCCAGAUAAAAGGUAGGGGAGGAGGAGAGAGAAGGAUCCAGACUGAGCAGCAUGAAAGGGCCCUCACUCACCAGCAGCCUCCUGCUGCUACUGUUGCUCCUGAGCCCAGACCCCAGAGCAGCAUUGCUACUGCCACCCAGCGCUACCUGCUGUACUCAGCUUUACCGACAGCCACUCUCGACCAAGCUACUGAGGAAGGUCAUCCGAGUGGAACUGCAGAAGGCUGAUGGGGACUGUCACCUCCAGGCUUUCAUCCUUCACCUGUCUCAACGCAGCGUCUGCAUCCACCCCCAGAACCGCAGUCUGGCUCAGUGGUUUGAGCGCCAAGGGAGGAGGCUCCAAGGGACUCCGCCCAACCUGAAUUUGGGGCUGACAGGGAAAAUGGGCCAGGGCCCCCAAUAGCCAAAAUAAUAAAGCAGCAUUGGAUGAUAGUC